ACUGAGCUGCUGCUGUCUUGGAGGGUUGGCUUUGGACGCCAGCGGCUUCGUAGCCUCAGGGCACCGAAAUGGGGGUGAAGUUGGAGGUGUUUCGGAUGACACUCUACCUCACCUUCCCUGUGGCUAUGUUCUGGAUUGCCAACCAGGCCGAGUGGUUUGAGGACUACGUGGUACAGCGAAAGAGGGAGCUGUGGCCACCUGAAAAGGAGGACCAGCGCCGAGAGCUAGAAGAAUUCAAAGCGAGGAUACGGAAGCAGCGAGAGGAAAAGCUCCUUCGCGCUGCCCAGCAGAGCUCCUGAGCCCCCCAAGUGCCUGCGUCCCACCUAUGAAACAACAGACACUUAGUUCUUUGUUUCUCA